AUGGUGCUGCGUUCGUGUGCUUAUACCCACGAGCAUAAUGGUCAGGUAGAACAUAGGUACCGUCAUAUUGUGGAAACUGGUCUUGCGUUGCUGGCUCAAGCGUCUGUUCCCUCUCGUUAUUGGGACUACGCGUUUGAGACAACGGUUUACCUUAUUAACAAGAUGCCCACGCAGACAGUCUAUAUGAAGCAACCUCCGUGGUAUGAAGACAAGUCGACUCCGGAUCAUCUUUAUUUGAUUGUCUAUGUAGACGAUAUUCUGGUAAUAGGCUCAGACUUCUCUCGGGUGGUUGGUCUUCUGGUACAGUUGGCUUCUGAGUUCAAGAUUCGUGACAUUGGUACUCCUUCACUCUUUUUGGGAAUUGAGACUGUUCCCUGGCGUGAUGGUUUAUUGUUGUCUCAGCAGCGGUAUAUGCAGGAUAUAUUGAAGCGUGCUGGAAUGGUCGAUUGUAAGCCCCUUGUCACGCCGGUCUCUCUGGUCGCGUCAUUGGUUACUUCCACCACUCCCUAUGCUGAUCCCACGCAGUAUAGGAGUCUUACCGGUACCUUGCAGUACUUGACAGUCACGCGUCCGGAUCUCUCAUUUGCUGUGAAUCGGCUUUGUCAGCAUAUGCAUUCCCCUACCACUGAGCACUGGAGUCUGCUCAAGCGGGUCUUACGAUAUGUAAAGGGCACUUUACAUUUUGGCUUGCAUAUCCGUCGGUCUGUUUCCACUGAGUUGCAUGCCUUUUCUGAUUCGGAUUGGGCUGGUGAUCCGGUUGAUCGAAAAUCUACGAGUAGUUUUGCCAUUUUUCUGGGUGGUAAUCUUGUGUCGUGGACUUGCCGUAAGCAGAAAACUAUGGUGCGAUCAUCCACUGAGGCUGAGUAUAAGGCGCUUGCAGAUGUGUCUGUAGAGGUAACUUGGUUGGUUUCAUUGAUGCGCGAGCUUGGAGUUUGUUUGACUGUGCCUCCGUCUCUGUGGUGUGACAAUUUAGGAGCAACAUAUUUGUGUGCCAACCCGGUAUUUCAUGCGCGCACGAAGCAUGUGGAGAUUGACUACCACUUUGUUCGUGACAAGGUUGUCCGGAAGGAGCUUCUCGUCAAAUUCAUCUCUACUAAGGAUCAGAUUGCAGAUGUUUUUACUAAGGCUCUUCCUGGUCUACGUUUCUCGUUUCUUCGUGGCGAGCUCAACGUUGUCUCGCGUCUACCUUGUGCUUGA